UGCAUACCAGCGGGUACCGGUGCAGAUGGUCAUAAAAAGGCCGGCUGCGUGGGAUUACCCCGUUAGUGCGCAAUUUCCCUAGCUCGAUUUCUGCCGGGGUUAUACCCUCAAAGAUUUCCACAGCGGUGGAGGGACAAUAAAGAACGCGCCCGCCGCCUCCGGCUCCCUGACCAUGAGACGCGUGCUGAGUCAGGAACAGCAGGCGCUGUUCCCGCUGCGCUCGGUGGCGGACGCGGCGCGCCUGUUCGCGCUCGAGCUGGACAAGCGGCGGCCGUCGCUGGACGCCGACGCGCCCAGUGACGUCACCGACGAGUACGUGGGCGAUCCGGACUCGGUGCCGCUGCCGCCGCUCGAGUACGACACGGUGUUCGCGCUGCACGCCAAGUUCUGCGCGCUGGUGCUGGACGCCGUCGACCUGGAGGCGUUCGACCGAGGCGCCGGCACUCCGCGCGCGCUGGUCAAGCGCGUCUCCGACGUCAUCUGGUUCUCGUUGGCGCGCAGCUACCACAAGGACAAGCCGCACAUCCAGAGCAUCUACAGCUUCCUCACUGGUAACCGCCUGGACUGCCUGGGCGUGGCCGUGGCCGUGGUGGCCGCCUGCCAGCUGCUCGGUCUGGACGACGUGCAGCUGGCGCUCUCCGAGGACCACGCCUGGGUCGUGUUCGGCCGCGACGGCUCCGAGACGGCAGAGGUCACAUGGCACGGCAAGGGUAACGAGGACAAGCGGGGCCAGCCGAUCAGCGCCUCCUCCGGCCGCAGCUGGCUCUACCUGAACGGCAGCGCGGUCGUCUGCACCGCACACAUGCAGGUGGCAGCCGUGGUGACGUCCAUCAGUCCCAGUAUCAGCGGCGCGGCUGACUCGAUGGAGCUCAGCCUGCUGCAGCAGCGCCUGCUCUGGCUGCUGUACGACCGCGGCGCCAUCGCCGCCUACCCCAUGGCCAUAGGUAACCUGGCUGAGCUGGAGGAGGCAAGCCCGACGCCAGACCGACCGAAGCCGCUGGAGCUGCUGCACGAGGCCGUCACCGUGGCCAGGGAGCGCUACGGCAACCGGCACGUGUACCCGUACACCACGCUCGGCGACUACUACUACAAGGGCAAGCAGUACGAGAAGGCGCUGGAGACCUGGGCCAACGCCUCCGAGGCGCUCAAACAUUACGACUACUCGCGGGAUGAUGAAGAAGUUUACAAGGAGCUGAUGGAGAUCACCAUUGAUAAGAUCCCGCACAUCAUCAAGGAGGUGGGCUCGGGCAUCAGCGCCCACAGCCUGCUGCGCGAGCCGCACUGCUACCUGCACCUGCUGCGCUUCUACGAUGGCCUGUGCCAGUGGGAGCAGGGCAGCUCCACGCCCGUGCUGCACAUCGGCUGGGCCAAGCAGAUGGUCGGAUGCGUCUCCAAGUUUGACCCGGAGGUCCGCCGCCGGGUGGCCGUCGACGUCGCCGCCGCCGAGCCGCCGGCCAGCAACGGCUCCUCGAAGGAGAAGAUGGCCGGUCUGCGCGACCUGCUGACCUCGGAGCGCUUCAACCCGCAGGCCGUGUCGCUGCAGCUGACUGCGCAGUCGCAGGUCUCCUCCAAGCGGAGGGACGACGAGGACGGCCGCCGACCGAAGCGCCAGCGCCGGGAGGCGGCGCCGGCGGCCGAGUAG